AACUAAAGUCAUGUUUUGGAGAAAUGAGUUGAAGCUGUGGGGACUUGGUGCAGUGAACGACAAAUAAUGUGUUAACACUGGAGAAAAAGUGUCAUAUAAGAUGUAUAACCACAUCAUGUUUUCUUUAUUCAGAUUGGAGGCCUGUGGUUUGUCAGAGAUGAGCUGUUCCUCUCUGGCCUCAGCUCUGAAGUCCAACCCCUCACAUCUCACACAACUGGAUCUGAGUUGGAACAUCCUGUCUGAUUCAGGAGUGUCUCAUCUGUGUGGUUUUCUGCAGAGUCCAGACUGUCGACUGGAGACUCUCAGAUUGGGGGGCUGUGGUUUGUCAGAGAUGAGCUGUUCCUCUCUGGCCUCAGCUCUGAAGUCCAACCCCUCACAUCUCAAACACCUAAAUCUGUCAAGGAACAAUCUGAGAGAAUCACAUGUAAAAGAACUCCUGGACCUUGAACAGAAGCCUCACUGUCGACUGGAGACACUGGAGUUGGAGAGGUUCUGAAGAUGUGUGUCAUGUGCAGAAGUUCAGUCCCAGGGACAAGAAACACAAAUUAAAAUACUCCUCCUUCAUUAUGAGUUUGUUUCUACUCAGUACAUUUACAGUGGUCAUUUUGUGUGUAAAUAUGAGCUCAAUCCAAAUACACUGUGUGCACAAUUA